GGGUGGUGUGAGAAAACCAAACACAAACGGGCUAAAAACAUAACAGUAGAGAGAGAAACCGAGGCCCUAUCAUUUUUUUAAUAGAAACCGUUUGUGUUUCUCUCUCUCUCUCUCUCUCUCUGCAGGACGGUCGAUCACUUAAUUUACUGUUCUCACUAACUCCGUAAAACCCUAAUUAUCUAUCGCUUCCUCCCUAGAAUCUUCAAUCCCUCUUCUCAAUCGAUCCACUUCAAUAGCUUUUCGAAGCCUAACCAUUUAUCUCCCUCUGUCUGACCUGAAAUACCUCACUCUUCGUGCAAGAUCCGUGGCGGCUUUCGUUGAAUUCGAUGCUAUUUUAGGGUUCGCUUUGUGGUCCGUCAAGGCUGGCGGGGAUUCGAGUCAAGUAAAUGGUGGAUCCGCCAGGUUUCCGUCCUCCUCCGCACGCGUGGUCUUCCCGAGGAAGCUUCCGGACUUGUUUCUUCUGUCUCUGUCCUUGCGGGUCCCACUCUGUUCGAUUGCCGUUAAAAGGGUUACAGAGCUGCGACGAUUUCUGAGUGGAAAAACAAAAAACAAAAAACAAAAAAACUAAAAAACGGAAGGAAGAGAAAAAGCAUGCUCAGUGUGCUGCGUGUGCACCUCCCUUCUGAUAUCCCCAUUGUAGGCUGCGAGCUAACGCCCUACGUGCUCCUUCGCCGUCCUGACAAGACCGUCACCACAGACGAUGUGUUCGAUUUUGCUCCACUCGAAGGCCACUUCUUGAGGUACAUGUGGUAUCGUAUACAAAGUGAUAAAAAAGUUGCUGUCUGUAGCAUACAUCCAUCCGAACAAGCCACACUGCAGUGCCUUGGUUGUGUUAAGGCCAAAAUUCCUGUUGCCAAAAGUUAUCAUUGCUCUCCUAAGUGCUUCUCAAAUGCAUGGCAACAUCAUCGUGUUUUACAUGACCGUGUUGCAAGUGCUGUAAAUGAAAAUGGAAAUGAAGAGGAAGAGUUGUUUGGGCGCUUCAAUAGUUCAGGAUCUGCUGCUAGCUUAUCUGGUUCUGCAUCAACUCCUAGCUUGACUAAUGGUUCAGCACCUUUGUAUCCUGCUGCUGUUACACAGAGGAGUAGUGGUGAAACUUGGUUUGAGGUUGGACGCAAUAAAAGAUAUACACCAACAGCUGAUGAUAUUGGCCAUGUUCUUAAGUUCGAAUGUGUUGUAGUAGAUGCUGAAACAAAACUUCCUGUGGGGCAUGCCAACACUAUAUUAACUUCCCGUGUAAUUCCAGCUCCCUCGCCUAGUCCACGUGGUUUAAUUCCCGUGAAUGGAGCUGAUCUGAUGGGGAAUCUAGAUUCAGAUGGCCGUGUUUCGUCCUCUGGAACUUUUACUGUGCUCUCAUACAACAUUUUGUCUGAUGCUUAUGCUACAAACGAUAUAUACAGUUACUGCCCCUCUUGGGCUCUUUCCUGGCCUUACCGCAGACAAAAUUUAUUAAGAGAAAUAGUUGGCUACCGUGCAGAUAUUGUUUGUCUUCAGGAGGUUCAAAGUGAUCACUACGAGGAGUUUUUUGCUCCAGAACUGGAUAAACAUGGCUAUCUUGGUUUAUAUAAGAGAAAAACGAAUGAGGUUUACAUUGGAAAUACCAAUACAAUUGACGGUUGUGCAACAUUUUUCCGGAGAGACAGAUUUUCACAUGUUAAAAAAUAUGAGGUUGAAUUUAAUAAGGCUGCACAGUCUUGGACUGAUAGUCAAUUGCCAAGUGCUCAGAAGAAAACUGCUUUAAACCGGUUGUUUAAGGAUAAUGUUGCUCUGAUAAUGGUUUUGGAAGCAAAAUUCAGUAAUCAGGGAGUUGAUAAUCCUGGAAAACGCCAGCUUCUUUGUGUGGCAAAUACACAUGUAAAUGUUCACCAAGAUUUAAAGGAUGUAAAGUUGUGGCAGGUUCAUACUCUUCUGAAAGGAUUGGAGAAAAUAGCUGCCAGUGCCGACAUUCCAAUGCUGGUUUGUGGGGACUUUAAUUCAGCUCCUGGAAGUGCUCCUCAUUCACUUCUUGCUAUGGGGAAGGUGGAUCCAUUACAUCCAGACUUGGCAGCAGAUCCUCUUGGUAUCUUGCGUCCAAACAGCAAGUUGGUGCAUCAGUUGCCACUGGUGAGUGCUUACUCAUCCUUUGCAAGAAUGGGGGUUGGUCUUAGUUUGGGACAGCAGAAAAGGAGAUUGGACCCCACAACAAAUGAACCCUUAUUUACAAAUUGCACUAGAGAUUUUAUUGGCACACUAGAUUAUAUAUUCUACACAGCGGACUCUUUGACGGUAGAAUCUUUAUUGGAGCUCUUGGAUGAGGAGAGUUUGAGGAAGGACACUGCGCUUCCUUCUCCAGAGUGGUCGUCUGAUCAUAUUGCACUCUUAGCUGAAUUUCGCUGCAUGCAUAGAGGUAGACGUUGACACUUCAGGGUCAGGAAUGGAGACGCCCAAAGAAGUUGUUGGAUAAAGAUAAAAGCUAUUGUUAGAAUUGUAGAUCAUAUGCCCGUGUCUUACUCAGGUAUCUCCUUGUGGGAUCCUUUCUAUGAUCUCCUUUGUAUUAUCUUAACUUGUCUUAUAGAAAAAAAAAAAAA